AUGGUGACAUGGGAAACUGACCUCGUCAGGAAGAAGGGGAAAUCUUAAGAAGAAAUAAUAUCUAUGAGAAACCAUGCUCUUUCUUUUUUAAAUAAACUUCAGGGGAUUCCCAGUCUUCUAAAAUGUCUGAACCCUGAGAGCUAAGCCAGCUGCUUUUGGAGAACAUGUCUCACUCCAUCUCUUCACGUUGUGCCUGUUGGGACCCUGGAAAUGUGAAGAGUAAAAGACUUAUAAAGGCCAAACAAGGCUUACAGAAUCUGAGACCAAGGUCCUCUCCACUAGGUGUGAUUUUAAAAGAUUGUAAUAAUCUCCCAUCUCCUGUACAACCUCCCAACAUACCAAAGAAAAUAUUUUCCACUAAAAAAGAUGGGUCUUCACAACGUCGGAGAGAACCUCCUGAUGCUUCAGUGGAGUUUGUAGAAAUCUCACCUGGCUACAAGUUCACUCGGAGUAAAGAACAUCUCUAUGUGACUCUAGGGGAGGGAUUUUUUGAAAGGAAAAGAACUGCUGAUGAACCAGCUCCACCUAUCACUCCAAGAGCCCCUGUGAAACUUGAGACGGAAGAUAUUGUUGCUGAUUUGGAGGAACAGGUUGCCCAGCUGACAGACAUGUUGGAGCAGCAAUGCAGAGAUCACAAGGCCUCUCAGAAACAGAUGGAAAAUGAGAUGGAAGAAAAAUGUAAUGAGAUUCAAAAGGAGCACGAGAAUAAGAUCAGGGAACUCCAAGAGACUCACAGUUCAGAACUUGCUGAAUUACAGGAAUGUUAUAGGAAAGAGCUGAGAACCGAGAGGGCGACUGCACAAGAAAAACUGGAGGGGUUGGAGAAGCAAUACAAAUACUUGAGGAAUGCAUUCCGGAUGUAUCAGGACAGCAUUUCUGAUGAAAUGGAGGAGAAGUGGCUGCGAAGGCAGGCAGAAUGGAAGAAGAGUGAGAGGACUGAGCGGGAGAAGGCACUGCUACAGCAAAAGCAGGCACUGAUGAAGAAUUUUACGAAAGAAAUAGAGGAAAUAAAGAAGUUACAUCAGGAGAAUAGUUCCAUGACAGAUAAACUCUACCAGCUAGAGAGAGAGGAGUUUAUUAAACAGCGCCAGGAAGAUAUGGCAACAAUAGAAGACUUGCAGAAGUGCAGGGAGAAGCUGGAAAUAGAUUUGAAGGAAAAGAAUAAAGCACUUGAAGCGCUCAGCUCAGCGCUGCACACCACCCAGUUGGAGCUUCAGAAUGAGAGAGCCAAUGUGCUAGCACUGGAGAGAAGUAUCCAGAGGAGAAUCUCGGUAGCUGAAGAAAAACUCGAAAUCAGUUCUGCAAACUUGGCAGUGGAAAAUAUCAGUCUGAGGCGCAAACUGACUGUAAAAAAUGAAGAAUCAUACACCCCAAGAAUCCAGAGGAAGAGUCAGACUUAAGAUCCCUCUACUGGGAAUAUGGCUUUGUUCCUAAGGGAAUCUAGUUGCUGAUGCACCAGCACAAUAAAAAUUAGUUUCCAGAUCCUCUCCAGAUCUGUAACUAUGGUCAGAUCUGCAAUCCUACAGUUUUCUAGGGAUUUUAAAACCACAUUCUUGUUCAGUAUUUAAGGUACCAACGUUUUUGUCCAAGCAUUCCCUUUCAUUCUCUAUCCUUUCUUGUUUCAAGCUGUAAUUUUUUUGUAAAACUGGAGAAACAUUACUUGGUAGUACAAAUACUGAUACACUUCUACCCAGGAAGUCAAAAUCCUCUCUUCACUUGAAUGAAGCUGUAAUGAGCAACUUACUUUGUUUUUGCUGACCUGUCUCAAUAUCGGUUACUGGUCCUCACCCAUGCUUAUAUUAAAACUCCUGGCUUCGCUACA